CAUCGAGGUCGGUGAGCAUCAUGUUAGUGUGAGAGGUGUUUUUCAAUGGAAAUUGUAGAGAAGUCACCGACAGAAUGGUAGUGACAAAUACACUGACGGGAUAAAAUCUUAAUUUUGUGUUUGAGAAAAAAAAGAAAAGCUAAAUUAGGUGGCUGUUAAAUGACGCUGGAGGAACGAGCAAGCAUUAAUAUUACUGAGAUUAUACACAGCUGCUUCAAGGUAGAAGAACGUUUUCCCCCCUUCAGGGUUCGAAGAAGACGAUACAAUACACAGAUCCUAAACCCCAGUGGUAUUGCCAUUCUGUAAUACUGUUGCAAGAGAAUAAAAAAAAAAAGCUAUAGAGCUGUCAUGACUGGGAUGGGAGCUGAUGAUGACAUCCCACUUGGUGAGAGGAAAACUGUGACAGACUUCUGCUAUCUACUGGACAAGUCAAAGCAGCUCUUCAACGGCCUGAGAGAUCUCCCUCAGUAUGGACACAAACAGUGGCAGUCCUAUUUUGGCCGUACCUUCGAUGUCUACACCAAACUUUGGAAGUUUCAGCAACAGCACAGACAGGUGCUGGACAAUCGAUACGGGCUCAAGAGGUGGCAGAUUGGCGAGGUGGCCUCCAAAAUCGGCCAGCUCUACUACCAUUACUAUCUCCGUACCUCAGAAACCAGCUACUUAAAUGAAGCUUUUUCCUUCUACUCGGCCAUCCGCCAGCGCUCAUAUUACUACCAGGUCAACAAGGAGGACAGGCCCGAGUUGGUGGUGAAGAAAUUGAGGUACUAUGCCCGCUUCAUUGUAGUGUGUUUGCUGCUCAACAAAAUGGACCUGGUAAAAGUUUUGGUCAAGGAGCUUUCAGAAGAGAUUGAAGACUACACACAGCGCUUCAACACAGAGGACCAGUUAGAGUGGAACCUGGUGCUGCAGGAGGUUGCUGCUUUUGUGGAGGCUGAUCCUGUUAUGAUUCUGAAUGACGACAAUGCAGUGGUGGUCAAGUCCAGUCGAUUGCAGGAAGGGGGUGUGCCCCAGCUUGAGCCUGGCAUGGUGGUUGGGCAGCUGACACUGGCUGACGCCCUCAUUGUCGGCAACUGCAACAGUCAGGUGAAGUUCAGCGAGUUGACCAUCGACAUGUUUCGCAUGCUCCAGGCCCUCGAGCGAGAACCAGUGAAUCUUGCCACCCAAACCACCAAACCAGGGACACUUGUAAGAGAAGACUCUUGCACUCUCCCCAUCUCUCUCACCGAGCCCAACGAAAAGCCAGCCAAGCGGGAGAACCCUCACAAAUACCUUCUAUACAAGCCCACCUUCAGCCAACUUUACACCUUCCUUUCAGCCUCCUUCAAGGAGCUACCUGCCAAUAGUGUUCUCCUGGUAUAUCUGUCAGCUACUGGGGUCUUUCCGGCUGGACGUGUGGAAUAUGAAGGACCCUAUGACUUUGGAGGAGUUCUAACCAACACGAAUCGUGAUGUAGUAAAUGGCGAGGCAGUGCAGAAGAGAAACCAGGCCCAGAAAGAGAUGCACUGCCUUCAUCCUGGAGACCUCUACCCCUUUACCAGGAAGCCCUUGUUUAUAAUUGUGGACUCAUCCAACAGCAUGGCCUACAAGAAUUUCUGUAAUCUGUUUGGCCAGCCUUUGGUGUGCCUACUUUCCCCUACCGUCUAUCCAAAGAGCAUGCAAGACCAGUCUCAGCAUGGGAGUCUCUUCACUCUUUUUCUCUACAAUCCCUUAAUGGGCUUUCUGUCUGUCUGUGGGAUGACCAGUAUGCGGCAGGGUUUAUGGGAAAAGGCCCAGGAGUUUUUGCGCAAAGUUUCUCACGACAUCGGUCAGAUGCUCACCAGCUCCCGAGCCAUUGAUCAGGCUUUUUUGCAGUUCUAUGGUGAUGAGUUUUUGAGGCUGCUGAUGAUUAGGUUUGUGUUCUGCUGUGCCACUCUCCGGCUACACAAGCUCUUCCGGGAAGCACAGAGUUUUCCAGAAUCGUACCCCCAGCUGCCCAAACAGGAGAUGGUGGAGAGCAGCCUACUGCAGAAACACAUAAUGGAGCUAGCAGCUAUGCUGGAUGUGCAAAACCUCUUUUUUGAUGGCAUGCUGGAUAACUACUGACUGCCUUGUGGCACAGUAGCACUGUGCCCCACUGUGCCCCACCCAUAUGUGCUCAUAUGGGCACAUUCACACAUUUGGUCUGUAGAUCCUCCAGAAUGAAGUUGCUGGUAUUUUGUUUAACUUAAACUCUAUAGAUUUAGAUCUAGAUAGUUUUUAACAAUUUAAGGAGUGUCUCAUCUUUGUGGUCAGAUAGCAUUUUUGCCAUUUUCAGAAAAAAAUUCAAAGAGUUGCACACAAUAGUUUCAUGCCAGAUAGCUCCUAAGGUACAAGAUUGGACAUUGUUUUAUACCUGCAUGUGUUAUUGUGCAGCUACAGAGACAUAAAAUCUGCUAAAGGCAGCUGUUAGUUUUAGAAAGGGAGACCAGAGGAAGUAAAAUAUAGAGCACUUAAGCUCAUUCAAGAAAUAUUGAACAACUCCACAAUAAUACUGACUGGUAGCUUGCUUCUCAGAUUCUUUCAUAGAAAACUACAGCAAGGGUUGGGACACAUGAUUAAAAUAUUAAACUGUAAUAUUCAGAGCUAUUUUCACAAUACAUGAUAUUUAUCUCAAUGUUUAGAUUUGCUAACAAAACUGCCAGUGAAAGUUUUAAAAACCGCUUCAUUUUUUAAAUUCUACAAAGCAUUAUUUAACAAAGAAAAAGCUGAAAAAUUAAACAUACAAAACAGAUGUUAACUAGCUAUUGUAACACUGGAGUCAGUUAACGUUAUGAAACUUCUGAUGAUACCUGCAAUAUCUCAGUAAGUCCCAUCAUGAUGUAGUUUAUUUGAGUAUCUGUAUCUCAUACUGACAGCCAUAAUAUCCUGUUUUGUCUCCUGUAAUUUUCAUGUGUUAUGUCAAUAGCACAGGACACACAUCCAUUUGUUUCCUUUGAUUUUCCGAUGCCUUUUACACUACUUGACUUGUUAAUUGAUAUAUUUUGCUUACAAUCUACAUUAUUGUUUCAUGUGUACUGUGAACUCAAGGCUGGCCUUCUGAAGCUGGUUUAAAACCAAAUGCCUUUUUUUCGGCCAGUAGCAUUUUAACAAAUUGAACAAUUUUGCAUGUCUUAGUAUUUUGUGGUCCAUGUAGCCUAUAGAUACACCCUGAUUCCUAAACCUGUGUGGUGGACACAUAAAUAACAUUUAAUAACAUUCAAUGUACAACUUAGUAUGUGUCUGUAUGUGUGUGUGUGUGUGUGUGUGUGCAUGCAUUUAUGUCUCUAUAUAUAUAUAUAUAUAUAUAUAUAUAUAUAUAUAUAUAUAUAUAUAUAUAUAUAAGAGAGCCAGAGAUCUAUAGAUAUAGAUACACACACACACAUACACACACACAAUGCCAAUAAGAUGCAAGUAAGAAUGAACAGGCCAGAUGUUGAAAUUCAUAAAGAAAAACGGAGAUGAGCCACAAAAGUUCUAGAACUAAGAUUAACCUCUAUCAAAGUGAUGUAGAGGCCAAAGUGUGGGGAAUGUAAGGAUGUUCUCAUGAUCCAAAACAUACAUGCUUGUCAUUCAAGACCAGUGGAUGUAGAGUCAUUUUUUGGGCUUGUGUGGCUGCUUCUUCAACAAACUCACUGAUUUUUAUUGAUGGGUAACUCAUGAUGCUAGCAGCAGAAUAUCUUUGUAAAUCCAUAGCUACGUUCUGUCUGUCAAUUUAUAGAGAAAUCUAUUCAAUUUAAUUGAAAGGAAAUCCAUCAUGCAGCAAUAACCCAACUCAUACUGCCAGACACAGCAAAGGAUUUUUUGAGGGGAAAGAAUGGACGGUCACUCUCCAGACCUUGAGCCUACAUUUCUCCACCUCUUGAAGAGGAAAUUGACAGACAAAAAGUCAAAACAAAUAAUUGAAAGAGGCUGCAAUAUAAGCAUGGAAAGAAUAAAGAAACAGUUUGUUGAUGUCAGUGGGUUGCCAAAUUGGUUUAGCUAUUGCAAGUAAGUGAUAUGUAACCAAACAUGAAAUGUUAGUUAUUUUGCUUUAUGUGUACUUUUGCUCACUCAAAAAGGGGGUGAUCUGCCAACAAAGGUGCAAUGUUCUGAGUUUUACACAACUAAAUGUAAAUGUCCGGAAGUAAAAGCAGAAAUUCGCAUCUAUUGUCCAAUAUUCAUCUUUUGGGGGGUUUAUUAAUGGUUUACAUCUUGUGGUAAACCCUCUGUAUUUACUCUGAUGAAGAUUUCUCUUGAUUGUUUCUACUUUGACACAGAUACCUUUGCCUCCUGGAGGGGCCAACUCUUGUGAAGGGAUUUUAAAUGGCAAAUUAUGUUGUAAUGCCUGCACUAUUCCCCGUGCUGAAGUGAUGUAUCUGUCCAUCUGACUUGUGUUGUACUUAAUACGUGGGGAAACAAUUUGCCACUUCAUAUUACACCAUUUGUGCAGUGUUCAUGAAUGGAGCAGUCAGUGCAUUUAAAUCUACCUGUCCUACAGACAAGUAUAAACCAUUUGAUCUUGUGAUGAAAGCAUUGCACUUUACUACAUUGUAAUAUGACCUUGUUUUGUGAUUUGUUGGGACAUGUUUGAAAUGACUUUUUUUUUCCAUGCUUGUGCCAUUCUUAUUGCUGGCCUGAAAUGGAGCGUGAUGAUUUUCAUCCCUUUUACUGCAUAGACUGUAUGUUUACAAAUUCUGUUAUGUAAGUAAUAUGAAAUCACUGGUGUGAUAGAGCUACCAGUUUCACUGCCUAGUUGCCACAAUGAAUAUUUUUACCCUAAGCACAAAGCCCUAGUAUG